AUACAGGAGUGGGUGUGUGUGGUGUGCGACAAACGGAGGCGGCUGAUGACGACUACGGGUAUGUGGUAUCAUGGCUACCACCCGGAGUCAGAACUGCCUCUGGAGAAACAGAUUAUCACCGGCCCAAAUUCUGAUAGGACCAGAGGGGUUCGUCCACGUCUGGUGUUUU